GUAAAUCGUUGCGUUUUCGUUUUUUUCGAACAUCGGCAAAUCGUUUUGUCGCCCUGUUCUGUAACGAUUCCGAUACAAUUUUCCGAUUUCGUAUUCGGCAAAUCAACGGUCCAUUUAAGAAACAUUUUUUACAAUGGAAAAACAAAAAAUUCAAAACAAGAGCUAAUUUUAGUUCAAUUUAUGGAAACGCAUAAAGAUUUAGCACGCAAUUUUUCAAAAGGUAUAGAGUGGAUGUUGAGGAAAAGUGGAAGGAGCUAACCACAUUGAACGACGUUAACGGAUGGAAAAAAUUGUUAAGAUAUGGUCUGACUGGAAUGGGUGCAUUCGGAAAAAGCUUGCGCAUAACAAUUUGGAAUCAAGAGCAACAGGCGGUGGACCCUUCAAUAAGCAUAUCCUCUCAAAUAGCGAGGAAUGUAUUGCCAGGAUUUGUGGAAUUCUCGCGGCCGUUGAUGACAUUCAAGAUGCUAGAAGUUUUGGGCCUGAAACAAGCUUCAAUGCUAGUGAAGUGGAGGAAGAAAGUCCACAGACAAACAGGGAAGCUAUAGUAACACCAAUAGCGUCAAGACUCGCUCAAAUGUGAAACAAAAAUCGUCUAAAAGCGCAGAGUUUAGAAGAAGAGAGAAGGCAUCAUAGCAGAAUGGAGCAGUUAAAUCAUGAAAAAGUUAAAAUAAAAAUGAGAAUGCUAGAUAUUGUGUUAUCGAAAUCACCCAGCAAGUCAUGGGUACUGAAACUCCAACACAUUCAAAGAAAUUUUAUUAAUACCACUACAUACACACAUGUGCGACAAAGGGUAAAAUGUGCAUGAACAUUUACCUCAACUCUUCAACAACCAAAGUUCUCGUGUGUUUGAACAAGUGUUGUUUUGAGCUAUAUUAUGGCUGCUUGUGAAGUAUUAUUUUGCGUGUUUUAUUUAAAUCUGUGAUCUGCAGACUAAUUAAAGUUUAAAUUAUUGAACCACGCAUUUUUAAAUAAGUAAAACGUAAAAUAUAGGUUUUCUAAAGCCAAAGGAUGGAAUUGAAGAGGGUGAUACAGUAAUAAUUCAUCUCAAUGUCAAUUCGAAGCAGGCAAUAGAAACUUCAUCAAUAGUCAACAUCAAGGGCGAAACCAUGGAAUACAUAUUUCAAAUCUCAUACGGCGCGUUAAAGGUACGCAACCUAAUUAGUGUCACUUUUAUUAGUGUUAUGGUAGCAGCGAAGAACUGAAACUGCUAGUACCGCUCCCUGGCAUUUCACCGAAGAAUUUGCCGGUACGACCGUUUUCACACGGGAGAGAAAUUCUCUCUCUCUCACUUCCCUUGGUCGCCCCCUCUCCCAUAAAACUAAGAAUUGCCGCGACAAAAAUUGCCCGUGUGAAAACGGUCUACCUGUCUUGCUGGGCGAUGAAUCCAGUAAGUUAUCGAUUUCGAUUGUUCGAUUCAGGUUUGUUAUGGCAAACAUUUUCGUCACAAUAUGUGUUUAUGUUCUGGGUAUAUCUAGUGUGAGCUCUAAUUUGCCCGCAAUUGCAAACAAAGUUUAAAUUUAUUUUUAUGAUGAUGGACAACUUUAAGGAUACAAACAUAACUUAUACAUAUCUUGUAUCUUUGGAUACAGAAUUUAUUUCUAAUAAUAUUUCUAAAGAAUAUGCAUUUGGGAUUUUCGCCAAAGCAAUUGAACAGAGUGAGAUUACUGCUGGAGAUGCGUUAAAUCUGUGGGUGAAAAAGUUGAAAACAGUUUAUAGAUAUGAAGAUUUUUGCCGAUCUGAUUGGGGAUUUUUGACCAUUUGCUGCCAAAAUUAUUUCGAAAAAAUGACGCUUGAUGACACUAGUGCUGCUGAUAAUAAAACUUAUAAACAACUUAGUUGCUGGCUAAAAGAAUCUGCGGAAUUUCUCAAAUCCAUUCAUAUAUGUGAUGGCAAAUUCAAUUUGACCGGAAUAUGCUUAUUUUUGGACUACAUUUUGGAGUCCGUUGAAAAAUCUUGUCGAUUUCUUGCAGUAAAUGAAAACAAAUCUGAUUUAAUAUCUCAAACAGGAUGGAUAAAUUCUCUGCAUAAUUUAUCACAUAAGUUGAUAUGGGAUUGCUUAGAAAAUCAUGGACAUAUCUACCUAAGUGAUACGGAAUAUCGUGCUCUUUCCCAUUAUAUUAAUGGAUUGUGCUCAAGUAUUGCGAUUGAUACAUUUAUCGAAAUAAAAACAAAGAUAGAAGCCUGGAAAUUUGUUGCUAAAUUUAUUUUGAAAAACGGUACCCACCUAAGGAUGUAUAAUAAGCACCUUGAAGAAAAUUUUAGUUGGCCCAAAUUGCCUAUCCGUAUUUUAUUACGUGAAGUUGAAACUAGUUUAGUCAUGAUUUAUAAAAAGGAACGCAGAGAGGAUGAAAAAUAUGUGGAUCAGCAUUUCCGAAUUAUUGCAUUUUAUUUAGAAAUAUUAUAUAGGAUCACAACAAUUUUUAAACACUCGGAAUUUCCGGAAACUAAAAUGUUUCUUGAUGUUUUAGUCAUUUCCUUGGCACCUAAUACUCCACGAAAGAGCAAUAUUUUCACUUGUGUCGAGAAACAGGUCUUGCCUGCUUUAACUAAUAUACUAUCCUUGGUAUAUAAAAAUAAUGAAUUUCAAAAGUUGAUAUCAAAUCAUAUUGGAGGAAGAGAUUAUUGUUACGAGUUAAUUCUUGUUUAUCUUCGUUGUUGCAUAACCAAUUAUGACGAUGAAUUCUUUGAGUGCGGUGUCGAACUGCUUAUCGAAAUUUUUAAACGGUGUGUUCAAAGGCUAGAUGUAUUCACGGAUGCAGAGCGUUUUGAUGAAAUAAUAGAUGUAUAUGCCUCUUUGACUCUGUUGGAUUCUUCCGGAGCUAUGUUACGCAAUAUACAACAAUAUAUUAUAAAAGGAGACUUAGCGUUAUCCUUUGCAUGCACAGAGUUGCUGAUAUUAGUAUCAAGCUGUAAAAACAGUCGUGUUGAUGAGCUCAAUGAUGGACUUCAGUUCUGGAUGGAAACAAACAAUCGCUCGGCCCAAUUUUCCUCAAAUUAUAGUCGUCUAAACGUUGAACGUCUUAUAGGAAAUUAUAUAAGUUUAUGCUCAGGAGCACGUUUGGAACAAAAUACAGAUCUUCAACUUCACCAGGCGAUCAAUUCGCAAAAUAAUUACAACGGCGGAAACAGUAUAUCAGAAGCAACUAUGGCUAUCGGUAAACUAAGCAGAUUGAUAGAAAUUUUUGAGCGCACUGAGAUGAGUUUGAAGGACUAUUAUAAUUUUGUAAUUACUUUGUUAUUAAUUUCGUUGUAUUAUCAUUCACACCCACAUAUAGUGUUGGGGGAAUGUAGUGGAAUAGUAGUUGCACAAAUGUAUGAGCUUGUGAAAUAUAAAGCGGAAGUCUCUGAUUGUUUACAACAAAAAAUUGCGGAGCUAUUGACAAAAGUUUGCAAACCUUGCUUGAUAAAUACGAAGCCACAGUUUAAAAGGUUUAUGAGUGCUGGAUUAUUGCUUAUGGCGAAUAACAAUAUAAAUGCAGAAGCUCAGUUGAAAAUUCUUACGUGUAUUAAGGAUUAUAUUCACAGUGGAACGUACUUUCCGAUGCUGUCGUUUUGGUUAAUUAUCCACAGCUGCCGUAAACAGAAUGCUAAUUUGCUUGUGCGAAAAAUUGCUGAAGCGAUUUACACCCAAUUAGAAAUACCUGAUAUAAUUCAAGUAAUCACAUUUGAAACAGCAUCGGAAGCAUCGCAUAAUCCUGCAGCUGAUUUUAUACGUAUUGCCAAUCGUGAUAAUAACGGUAAAAGUGCGUUGAGUAUAAGGCCCUGUUUUGUACAUCGUAAACGUUCACGAAAAGACAUAGAACACGAUGGAAAGGAAAUCGAAGACACUAUACAAAAUAUCAAUUUGUUGUUGCGGAAAAUUAAAAUUUUUUCAAAGCAACUAAAGUGGAUUGACUUUGUAAAAUUAAACAAAAUAUAUAAUGAUAUUAAAGAAAUCACUGACCACCACAAUUCAGUUGAAUGAACUACACACUUACGUAUUAUACUAUACUUAUUAUACUUAUUAAAACUAGUGUUAAAUUUACAA